CAAUAAAUGAAUGAAUAGAAAUUGCGAGAAAUAAUGAAAAUUUAUACUGUCUCUAAAUAAGUCAAUAAAAAAGCUGAGAAAAACUUUCUCAAGAUUUCCAGUCAAUUUUAUAAAAUGCAUAAGGCUGACAUGACUCCUGAAUUUUUGAAUGAAAUCAAUUCCUUAAGAUAAUAGAUUAAAGAAGAAAAAUAAAAUAUUUCUAAAUAAACCUCUCCAAUUAUUACUCCUCGUCUUACUGAGAGUACUUAAUCUAUACAUACAAAUUAAGCAGUAGUAUCAGAUUUAGUUAAUAAAAAUAAAUAAAAAUUAGAUUCUCUUAUUUUAGAAGGUGUACAUACUUAAAUAUUCAUACUUUAUAUAGAUGAAAUUAAAGAUUUGAAGCAAUGUAUUAUAUUCUAUAAAUUUUAUUUAGAACUAAAUAAAGCAAAUCAAUAAAUAGAAAACUAAAAAAAGCAGUAUGAUAUUAGACUUGAAAGUAUUUAUAUUAAUUAUUUAUUUCAGCUCUCAAUCAUUAAUUAUAAGAUUAGAAGAUAAUAAAUGAUGAUUUAAAAAAAGAAAUAAUAAAAUAAAACACAUAAAUAUAAGCGUUGAAGUAAAUUUUAUUGAAUAAAGUGCAUAAUCGAUAAAACACAGAAAUAUCUAAUCCUCAAAAUCAGAAUCUAGAGUAAAACUAUAGUUUCAAUAAUUCGAUCUCUAAUUCUUUUAUUACUCAGGAAAAAAGCUUAGACUUUUUUAAAUACGAAAUAGAAUAAGCCCUUCAGAAUUAUCGUCGAGAGAAAUAAAAAACUUAAGGGAAGGAAACAAAAAUGUAAAAAUGA